AUGUAUGAGUUUGUCUUUGGGGGAAAAGUAUUCAAGUCACAACCUAGAUGGAUCAAGCUAGGUUCCACUUGGGUUGCUCCUGGAGAAGGAAGGAAGAAGAAAAUGCAGUGGAAAUACAGCAACUGCCUUUUGGAUCCUUCUAGCUCUCCGCAGAAACGAUUUGCCAGUGACGUGCUGUGUGGGAAAGCUGACAGAAAAGCAGAUUCAGAGAUUCACAGCAAGGUCCUUGAAUCUCCGAAAGACGGGCGACCUGACUUUCUGUUUUCCAGAAAAAUCCAAUUCUCCGCACACCAAGAUUUGGCCGUUGCAAGGAGCAGGAAGUCUGUGCCACUUCGAAGAUCUAACCCGAACCUUGACAUCUGGGAACUCAAGCCCCCCAGUUGUAGCUACAAGGUCGGCAGGACUUUGGUUCUCCCCAGAAACCCAGCUGAUACGAGGAAGAAAGAGCCUAAGGGAAAUCUAAGCCGUUCCUUGGAGGGCCAAACUCUCCACUCCCAAAUCAACCACGACCCCUCAGCAGUCGUGAAGAAGUCCACAUUGCCUGAAUUCAAAACUACAUUCCCGCCCUUGGGUCCUCACGAAGCCAAGAUCAUGUUUGUGAGGCACGGGAAGUAUCAGAGUGGCAGUUACCAUAAUCCCAAACCUCACGAUUUUAGAAAGUAUCGACCUGGUUUACCCAACUUUGUGACUUCUUCUGUCAGCGACCCUUUUGGUUUAAAGUUCAAAUCACAGCAUCUGGAUACAGUGCACAGACUGCAAUCUCUGAAAGACAAGCCACCAAAGGGAUUGAGAUAUGUCACCUUUAAGCCUCUAGAAUGUACCUGGGAUGCAAAACUCAUCCUACCCAAAAGCCCUUGGCCCCUGAAGUCUGCUUCUUUCACGCGCCAUGGGAGGAAGUGCGGUGAGCACGGCGUGUUCUCAGAGCCCACGGACCGUAUGUCCACACAGAUGUGGAGGAAACAGUUGGGUCCAAAGUUGACUCCCAUCAAAGCAAGAAACAAGUGA